AUUAGUACAGCACAGCAACGUGGAGCUAUUCCAAAAAAAGUUACAUUACGAAUAGUCUACAGAGUGGCUGGCUUGUGAGCAGAAAAGGGGGAAUUAUCAUUGAAAGUCAUGAAGAAAUUAAUUCUUCUAUUUUUGUAUAGUAUCUUCGCUGUUUCAGUGGAGUUGACUCAUGCUGAUGAUAGAAUGCAAUAUAAAGAUGAUACCAGCAAACUAGAAUCUUUGGAAAAAGGUGUUGGUGAACUUCAAGCAUUUAAACAAAUUAGAUCUAGACUAUCAAAAAGAAUACCAGGAGUUGAUGCUCUUUCUCGGUGUGGACAAUUCGCUGAACAAUGUAGUACUCUUGCAAAUUUCAAUUCAAUUGAAAGCAUAUGUUGCAAUAAUUAUACAUGCAAAUGCGACUUAUGGGGCACUCAUUGCACGUGUCGGAGAAAAAAUUAUUCCCGCUAAGGGAGCAUGCAGUUAUCACUAACCAGAGCUUUAAGAAUUGCCAAAGACGACAAUUUCCCAACCCAAAAUAAUAAUAAAAUGGCCUGA